UGACGUAGCUCAACGACGCGUUACGUCACCAAAGAUGCGGAAGUUGGAGUCACCGUGGAGAACGUAAACUAAUGUCAAGCAAGCGCCUGAAAAAGCGAGCAAAGAGCAGCGGAAGCGCGAGAACAAGGAGCCGAGCGGACUCUUCACCUCCGGCUGGACUUUCACUGCUUCCGCCAUGGAACCUAGUUCACUUAGCUAGCCGUUACAGUUACUACUCCCGCACUUCGCCGUUACAUCUGUCGUUACAGACAGCGUUACCGUGAAAUGGAGCGAGCGGGUGACCUGGAGUCCGCCGCGGUGCCGCCGAGCUGCUGCAGGGGUCUCUGAAAGCUGCAGACCCCGCUGCAUCCCAUCGUAUCCCGGAGGUAAGUGGACUGCGUGCGAAUCUCCUUUGAAAAACAUGACAUUUUGAGAUGAUUCCCUCAUGAAUGAAAUUUAACAAGCGGGAGAACAAAGCUGGGGGUCUGCCCCCGGGGCAGCAGCACCUGCCCAUUAUUCCGGGGUACGUUUGACCCCACAAACAGUUUGCCAUCAGUCACAUUUCUACUUUUACAACCCUCCCCGCGCCUCUUCACAAGGAUGGUCCACCCUGCCGAGCGGUGCCAACAGCGAUGCCAGGCUCUUGGAAAAGUCGACAUUUCAGAUCAUUCAGGGCUGCUGAGUCGAUGAAGUGCAUGCCGGACAUGAAAAUGUCUGCCUGUGAUGUAAAUGAAAGGUUUAGUAUGACACGCAGGGAUGUGAAGUGUGGAUUUUACUGGGGGAGUGGUAAAAACACACAUUUCUGAAAGGAGUUUGGGCUGCUGCCGACAACAGCCGGAACCAGAGCUCUAAAAAAGCAGCAAAAACCGACCCUUUGUUCUUGAAAAGGCUUCUUGCUGUCAAAUAAAGUCCCAGCGAGCAUGUUUAAGUUGUGUGGAUCAGAUUUGAGGUCAUUUAAAGAGAAACUGCAGCGGGUCCCCGUGUUUAUCCGUGUGGAUGUGGACAGGCGAACAGUGUUCAGGCUGUCAGUGCUCGCCUUGAAGCUGCUAACAAACCCAAACAGUGUUCGUGAAAGUGGAAGACUCGAACACGAUGAGGUCAUUUCUGAAGUUGUUGCGUGCUUUUUGUCGUUGCUGCGUUUCAUCCCUACAAACUGCACGAGUUAUUUUCAGUUUCUCUUUGAUGCUUCUCAUUUCAUCUCACAAAUAAAAGCAGGAACUCUAUCGCACGUUUCACGUCUUCACUUCAACGUGAAAUUAUUAGUUUAACGCUUUUUAAAGUAAUCCAGCACACAGCAGGCCUCAUCACGAUCACUGAUAUCAGGAUGGAACAGCUCUGUGAUUAUUAUUAUUAUUAUUAUUAUUAUUAUUAUUACACGGAGAGUUAGAAAGCCUUUAAGCAGAGUGGAGCAGAGAAAAGACCUCAGCCCGAACAUCUCCAGCCUCAUCCAGCUUCUUCCCCUUCAACAGAUAAACUGAAUUAAUUUUAGAAGCGAUUCUUGUAUCCAAACAUUUCAUUUUACCUGUAAAAACCAGAAGUGCAUCUUCAGUAUGACUUUAUUCUGAAAGAUGAAGUUAUGUAAAAACCUACAACUUUUAAAAUGUUACAUUUCUACUGAUAGUUGUUUAAAGACUUAUGAGGAAAUAAUAAUGUUGUAAGUGACUUGUUGUGGCCCACAGGCAGUAGGAGCUCACAGUGAGAAUCACUGACCUAAGGUUGGAUUUUUAUUUUCACGAGAGUGAAUUUAUUGAAACGAGAGAACGUUUGGAGUGCAGGAGGUGUGGGACCUGACAGCUGACGAGGCACUAAUGAGUCCACGGGACGAUGACGGGGCUUAAAGGUACAGCAGCGUGUCGUCAGCAUAGCAGCGAAUAUCCUGUGUAUCCUGGUCAGCAGUAGUCUAAGCACAGACGGCCUCCACGUGGCAGCCUGGUCAGGUGAAGCACCUCAGCUGGGUCCUUCAGACGUGGAGGACUGAGCUGCACAUCCUGGCUCCACCCCUCAGAAGAAGCUCAUUUCUGACACUUGCACCCGUCCUUCUGUCACCACCCUAAGCCCGUGGUCAUAGAUCAGGGUAGGAACGUGGUUCGACGAGUAGCCGGACAGCUUCGGCUUCACUCUCAGGUCAUGGCUGUACGAGUCUGUCUGCUCAGCUGUUCCCUCACCCACGAGCAGAACCCAGAGAUGCUCCCAAAUAGGCAGCUGAGGACUCGGAGGUUCUCAUUCUCAUUACAGCUGCUUCGCAUUGAGCUGCAAAACACCGCAGAGCGAGGCAAGACCACCCAGCCAGAAACCAUCCUGCACCUUUGUUUUAAGAAUGCGGAGCGAUAAUAAACAAGUUCCUCUGAAAGUGAGCUCUUGGAGGACGCUGUGCUUUACAGGAGAAAACGAUUACACUGCUGUCGGUCUAAGCGGAGGCAGAGACGAUGCUCAGGUCUACAAGAACGAGCACUCAACACACACCGAACUCGCUGAUAUCAGACAACAGGAUCACUGUAGUGUGUCACGCAAAAGUAACUAAUGCUGCAAAAACUCAUGUUUAACUUAUAAUUGAACCUAUAAUUUCAGCUGUUACAAAAGACGUCGGCACCUCAACAAGGUUUCAGGAAACAGGAGAUUAAAAAUGAUGAAUGAUAACAGGAAAAAACAAGUGUAUAUUUUUGUGAGUUUGGGAUAUUCUUCAUCCUGGACCUGGAUCCAGAGUGGAGCCGACCAGCACUCCCAGCAGCUGCGACACAGGUAAGAGGACCCCUGCAGCUUGGCUCAGAUUAUUUUGCAGCUGCGUAUUGAGUGAAUCUGUAACCUUCUGCUUGUUGCUCCUUUGUUUCCCAGCUGUCUCCGCGAGUAACGUCCUCGCCUCGUCUCUGGAGGGGGUCGGCAGGAGUGAAAGACUCAAACAGGCCACGAAUGUAUAAACGUACCAGCUUGAUGUGUGUAUGUGCUGAGAGCACGUCACGCGGUCACUGGGCUGUCAGAAGAGCGCCCCCUGUGGAGCAGCUGCAGUUUUCCCCUGCAGGUGUACGCUGAUGUAACGCGAAGAGUGAUGAGGUCACAGGCUGUGGGCCGGUCCCGCUGCAGUGACGCGUGACAUCACAGUUUAAUCAGCCUGUAAUUCUGCACAUUAUCCUGAUACUGGACACCCCGCGCUCCCCCCACCUUUCCUAAGCUGCCAUCUGUCACAGCUGCCCGUCAUUGGCUGUGAAGGAGCCGGGUCUGCAGACGGCGGAGCGCCCGAUUGGCUGGCAGACUGUCUGGAAGGAGGAGGGGUAGGCGGGGCGUCAGCUGAUUACAGGAGAUGGGAAGUAGAGGUGGAGGAAGACGAGGAAGAGGAGGAGCUGAGCGCAGUCUGUAAAUCCACGAUGAGCCGGCGCUGCUGCAGACAACAAGUGUUCAGAGAGGAAGAGGAGGCCGAAGGAGGAUAAAACCAGCUGUAGCACGCAGAGAGGCGGGUUACCACGGCAACUGCCGCAGCGAGGACACACAGGUCGAAGAGAAGAUGUGCAGCUGCAGGAUGGAACUGGUACCCCAGUCCUGCCCCUCACCAAAGACUAGAUGAAUUCUGUGCUGGACACCAACAAGUCUAAGGACCUUUUGGACUAGUAGCACAGGUCCACAGCAGGGAACUCUGGAGCAUUUUAAAGGAAGGGCAGAUAUGUCCCAGGCCGGUAAGGUCCUCCACCUGUACGUUGAGGUGAGGUCUGUUGCUGAGGAGGAAGGUAAGGUGCCGGGCCGAGGAGAUGAUGGUUCCAGUCAUCUGAUGCUUCAAUGUCCAGAUGUUCUCCCUCACUCUCAGAGGAGCUCUGCCUACUCCAGCCGGAACCCCAGUCCGGAUCUCUCUCCGAUACAGCACCACAUGGGGGGCGAGAACCACAGCUUGCCUCUCUCAAAGACCUCCUCCAGGCAGUCGGUCAACUUCCGGUCGAACGCCCAGCUUCAAGAAGAUGCACUGCAUGACAGGUUUGGGCAGUUACUUGAAGUCCUUACACCGGGAAUGACCGUUCCACGCCACCACGGCUCACUUGGACACAUCGGUUCCUCAGACAUGAAUCCCCACCAGAGGAGGGUGUUUAUCUCACCAUCAUCAACAUCCUCUGGGAGGCUGACUGUGCCCUCCACACCAGUCAGCGGUCGCAGGUACUGCGAGGUCCCAGGGGUGGAGGGCAAUGAGGGGAGGAAAUCCGUGGUGUCGUUUAGCUACAUAGAGAAAGCAAACGUUCACAACACGGCCGCCCGCCGAAAUUCUCUGUCUCAUAAUGAGCCGGACAGUCCUUUCAAGGAAAUGGGAAGCAGGAAGGUGCUGCCCGCUCACCUUCGGAAGAGGCUCAGCGAUCCAAUGUCGUACAACGGUUACCUGUCACAGAGCCACACCUGCCCGGCUCAGAGUCCAGCCCCACGGGGCUCACCUUACCUGCAGAGAGCUAACCUGGACUCAGCGGCCAGAGGUGCCACCUACAGGGCCCUUGAGGAGUUUGGAUCUCCAGAGCUUAAGCGCAGAUUUGGAGGUCACCAAUUUGAGAACAGCAGCCCCUCCCUGCCUCGGCAUUAUCAGCCUUCUCGCUGCCAGUCCUGGGGGGGCUCACCUGACCUGCCCCGCAGCACCCUCACCCUGCCGUGCAAGACCCAGCUCAUGGAACUGGACAGGACCCUCUCCCGUAGUCCAGUGAACGGGUUACCCAGAAGUCCUGCCUCCAACCAUCUGUGUGCCCACACUAGCUGCUGGUCUUACUCUGCAGAUCCAGCUGCUAAACUGCACUCCAAUGGCCCGACUCCGAGCAAACCCAGGCCGUGGAUGGGAGACGAGAGCCCCAGACACUCGAGUAAAUUUCACCCACCGUUACCUGCAGGGAGGCCCACAGACAUCCAGCAUGAGGUUCAAACUAACGUAUUACCUGCCUGCACACCUGGGACCUCUCAUCACAGUGCCCGUAAUGCUAACACUACCAACACCAGCCAAAAAGCCACAGACGGGAUAGACAGCAGCUUAAGCAAUAAACUGAAUUUAACCAGCAGGAGUCCCUACAGGUUGUCACGCUGCAGCAGAGCGAGUGACGCAGCCAGCGAUGUCAGCGGCAGGAGGAGUGCCUCCCCAUCCUCAAACCUCGAUGUGGCUUCUAAGUUAGCUCUGGAGGCCAGCAGACUUUCCAGCAUUUUUGCAGAGAGACGAACUCCGACUCCUCCUGAGUCUUUUCGGCCCGAGAGUCCCAAGACUGCACGGAAAGAAUCACAACCGUACUCCGCCCUUUAUGGACGGAGCUCCCCUGAGCUUUUACAGGUGGAUCCCUGGAACCACAGCCGGAAAACUGACAAGGAAGUACCUCACACUAAACCAGGACGAAUCUCCCCAGUCUCGUCACAGAAAGGCCUCUCCUCACCAGCAUCGCCAGCCAUGCCUGCUAGAUUGUACCGUGCAGCUGCCUCUCAGUCACCUGAACUGGACCCACGGCAGAAACGGAGCGCAUCACCUAGUAAGGACAUGUCCUCCCUGCACCGCUACCAGCCGCCACAGUACACCGGAGACCACAGGUCACCAGGCGUGGAGCGAAGACCGUACGAUCACCUGUCUGAGAGAUCACCCAGAGACAGCCCUGAAAUCACCAGGAAACCUGUCUCCAGACCGACCGUGGAAGCUUUGCCUGUGAGCUGGACCUCCAGGCAGCAGGAGUGGAUGGAGGACAGGAGCGAACUCAAAGAAAACUACCGUCAGGCACCUCCCAGAGUUUACGUUUCACACAAAGACGAGAGUCGUGAAAAGGAUGGGGGUGAUAAAGGGGUGAAGACAUCGGGGCAGGAGCAGCAGAGGCUGGGUGUGGGCGUGACCAAGGAUCAGACAGAGGACGUCCAGGACCACAGCGGCGGUGCCGGGCCGUCCUCUCACAGCUCCAGUGGAGUGACGGGGAGCCUGAGGGACAGUCUGUCCCCGGAGACCUCGAGCCAGUCGAGCCACGAUACGGCAGACGGUGGCUCCGGGAUGCAGUCAGACGUCGGAUCAGCAACAGCUCUGUCCUCCAGGUCGCAGAAGAUCGCCCAGGCCAAGUGGGAGUUCCUUUUCGGAAGCCAGAAGAGCCGCUGCAGUAAAGACGCUCCGUCCACGACGCCUCCGACCAGCAGUUCGCCCAGUCCCACCCCACCCUCUUCCCUCCAUCUGAAACCAGCCAAUCAGAGGAGGGGGCGGGAAACCGAGGGACAAAAGCUGUCUCAUCACGAGGUCCAGCAGAUCGACGUGGAACUGGUGACCGCCGACCCUCGAGGCUCCUCCCCCAAGACUGGCAUCAUCCGGCGAACCCUCAAAUACUCGGAGACGGACCUGGACGCCGUGCCUCUGCGCUGCUACCGUGAGACCGACCUGGACGAGGUAAUGCGGGCGGAGGCAGCCGAGGAGGCGGACUCGGCCUUCGGGAGUAACCGCAGUGUCCUCGGAAACUCCAAUUUUAACCCCGCUGACCCCUCCCCAAAAUCUCGCCCAGGUGGAAGGAAGGAGGUUGAUGGGGAGGAGGAGGAAGACGAGGAAGAUGAGGAAGAAGGAGGAGUGGUGAGCUGGGCCAGCGUCAGGAUGCAGGGAGACCGACAGAGACAGAAAGCCAUGAAGGAGGAGGAGGAGGUGCUCAGCCUGCUGCUGAAGGGGUCGCCCGAGUCCUCCGACAGCCACGGGGGCCUCAAGUCUCCGAUCUCCAUCGGCAGCCCCCGCCGACCCUCCGACAGCAACCUGGACUCCUUCAGCCGCCACUUCGAGAGCAUCAUGGAGUCCCACCGGGCCAAGGGCACGUCGUACAGCAGCCUGGACAGCGUGGACCUGCUGACCUCGGGAUCCACGUCCGUAUUCACCUUCGACCUCCCCACCCUCACGCCGGAGAUCCAGAGUCAGAUCUGCGAGAGCGCCAAGCAGAUUAUCGAGCUCAGCUUCGCCCCGCUGGCCCGUCCGGACCCGUCCGCCGCCUCUGAAACGUCUCGCUCCGAACUUGCACUCUGCGCCUCGGGGGCGGGGCUCCGAGGAGGCUCCAAGGACGACGGCGGCCCUCCGGUCAGGUCCAAGUCGGAGAGAGAGUCGUGGCGUCGCUCCAUCCUCAAAGACGGCUUCAGGAAGGCGAGCUCGACACCAGCGCUCCACAGCAGCAUCAGGGAGCGUCCAGUGAAUCGACCGCCCGAGCUGCUCUACCCGCAGGUCGAUGUGGCGGAGCGCCUGGCACUCGGCGGCAGUGACGACACGCUGGCCAACGGCAUGAAGCCCGACCUGGAGGCGGCUAAACGUCUCGCCAAACGCCUCUACAACCUGGAGGGCUUCAGGAAGUCUGACGUCGCUCGCCAGCUCAGCAAGAAUAAUGAGUUCAGUCAGAUGGUGGCCGAGGAAUAUCUCACCAACUUUGACUUCACGGGUCUGACCAUCGACCAGGCGCUCAGGAUGUUUCUGAGGCAGUUUGCUCUGAUGGGGGAAACUCAGGAGAGAGAGAGAGUCCUCGCUCAUUUCUCCAGGAGGUACAGACAGUGCAACUCGGAGAGCCUGACCAGCGAAGACAGCGUCCACACUCUGACCUGUGCCAUCAUGCUGCUGAACACGGACCUGCACGGAAACGUGAGUGAACCCGAGCCGUCCUGCAGCCAGUUCGUCUCCAACCUGAGGACCUCAACAACGGAAAAAUUUCCCAAAGAUUUUCUCCAGACGCUGUACAGCUCCAUCAAGAACGAGAAGCUGCAGUGGACCAUUGAUGAAGAGGAGUUGAGGAAGUCCAUGUCGGAGUUGGCGGACAUUCGAACAGACUCUGCCUCCCACACCAUGAAACGCCUCGGGAGUAGCGGAAACCCGCUGGUGGGCGUGGCCCAUCAGGCCGAUGGCGAGCUGUACAAGAGCGGCUUCCUGGUCCGCAAAGUCCACGCCGACCCCGACGGGAAGAGAACGCCGCGGGGGAAGAGGGGGUGGAAGUCCUUCUACGCCAUGCUGAAGGGUAUGGUCCUCUACCUGCAGAAGGACGAGUACCGAGCUGAGAAGGAGCUGACGGAGGAGGACGUGAAGAACGCCGUGUCCAUCCAUCACUCUCUGGCCAUGCGGGCUGCCGAUUACAGCAAGAGGCCCAACGUGUUCUACCUGCGGACCGCCGACUGGAGGGUCUUCCUGUUCCAGGCCCCGAACGCCGAGCAGAUGCAGUCGUGGAUCACGCGCAUCAACGUAGUUGCGGCCAUGUUUUCUGCUCCCCCGUUCCCGGCCGCGAUCGGGUCCCAGAAGAAGUUCAGCCGUCCUCUACUGCCGGGAUCCAACACUAAACUGUCACAGGAGGAGCAGGUCAAAUCUCACGAGAACCGUUUCAGGGCGGUGUCCUCUGAGCUGUCUGACCUCAACGCCGCUACGCCGGACCGAAAGGUGAAAGGUCGUGAGCUGGAGGAGCAGAAACUCCGACAGGAGUACCUGGAGUUUGAGAAAACCCGGUACGGUACGUACGCCAUGCUGCUUCGGGCCAAGCUGGCGAGCGGCGAUGAGGACCUUUCCGCCUUUGAGGCUCGGCUGUUUGAUGACGGCGGCCUGCAGAGGGCGCACUCCAGCCCCUCGCUGCCCCAGGACACCACCAACAAGGAAAAGACCCGCAGCUCCAAGACGUCAAAGAGCCUGAAGGUCACGUCCUCCUCGACCUCCAAGGCCGGCGGCAGCAGCAGCAGGGAGGCGAGCAAGAAGAAGAACGGCGGUGGGAGCGGCCAGCGGGCGGAGCUGGAGAAACAGAGCAGCAAACAGGAGGAGGCGCCGUAAACGGGUGAGGACGGUGUCGUGUAAGUGUCAUGUAGCUGGAGACGGACGCGGAGCAUCAUGGGUAGCAGGCUGACAUCCUCCUUUAAACCUUUUCUGUUAAACCUCAGUCGCCUGAUUGGCCGAGACGUUCGAGGUCCGCGGGAGAGGAGACGCCGGUCAGGUCUGAGGGCGACCCGAUGGGCGAGUCGUCCAGGAAACACUAACACGGUUCAUCGCUCAGCCGUCCCUUUAUUUCCCAUAGGCCUCAGCAGGAACGGACAGCUGCAGACUUUCAGAAUAAAAGCUUUACUUCCUGCUGGAGUGUGAGUAGCCGCUCGGCUUUCAGCUGCAGCGGGAACUUUUUAUUUUAGUCCUCGACCUCGCCGCCGCCGCCGCUCUGCUUCUCCCAUUAACCCACGGGGGAGCGGGUUGCCAUGUCGACGGUAUGUGACGGACAGAGUGCGUGGGACUGUUGCCAUGGCAACCGAGCAAAGGGGACAAGAGAGCGAGAGAUAAACAAACAGACAAACAAACAAAGGGAGCGGCCACACAGGAACGCCGAACCUCCUCGUCCUCUGCACUCCACUGAGCGCGUGCGAGUGAGUGUGAGUGUGAGUGUGUGCACAGUAAUCACAGUAGUGCUGCGUUGAUGUGUAAAUACAGCCUGAACAUGCUGGAUGGAGACGGGUUUUUAGUUUUUCCGACUUCUGCUGGAAAAAACAGACUGUACGGAAGACCAUUAGUGACCAAAAUCUGCUGAGGGAACAAAAUAAAACUUCAGGAGUUCACACUGCAGGGAGCCAGGUGUCUUAUUUAUUCAGAUUUUGAUGUUUUGUUGUUUGUACUACUUGAAAAUCUUUAACUUUAAAAACCACAAGUUAAAAAUCUCAGUGUGAACUUUUAAAUAAAAAUAUGAGGAUAAAUCCUGGAGCCUGUUAAAUCUUACAUGAGUUAAUUCUAAAUGUUAAGAGAGAAAUUUUGGAAAAUCGAACAUUUUUGGUGAGAGUAUGUUUAAUUUUUUCUCUUGUUGAAAAAGUCGGAGUUGGUUUGCAGCUGGUUUCACUCUGUGGGUUUUGUCACUAAUGGGCUUCCAUAGUUUCUGUGUGUGCAUGAGUCCGUCCACCUCAUCGUCAUGAGGACGGUGUUCUUCUUCAUGUAAAUCUCAUUUAACAUGUUUGUAAAGUGCUGUGGACCAAACAGGUGACAGGUGGAUUCGGUCACAUGACCGUAGGAGAGGAGGAGUUGAGCGUUAUUAUUGUGUAAACCUUCCUCGUCGUUGACAUCCAGGAAGAAGCACCUGACAGCUUUCUGUUAAAGAGCCGUUUGUUUCAAAUCCUGACCAGCGUGCUGAUGUUCAGCAGCAGUUUCCUCUUUCAGCCACCAGGGGUCGCCAGAGUGCUGUAAGCGUCCACCAACAUGUUCUUCACUGGCGGAGGUCGUCAGUCAGGGUGUUAAUGUGACAGCGUGGUCUCGUCUGAGCUCAACGCUGUGUGGAAAUGUUGUUUCCCACUUUCAGAGUUCAGAUUACAGCCCAGAGCGUCUCUGACACCAUGACUGAAAACGAGACGUGUGCCAAAAACUGAACAUUAGUCCUGAAUCACAGUGUUGAUGGACGUGCGUUCAACCAGAGGGAUCUAAUCUGCUCUGUUUACAUCCAGGUUCUGAGAAUAUUAUAAAUAAUCUACACAAUCCUAACGUCUCCCUCUGAUCCGGUGAAGAUGACUUCCUGUUCAGUAGGUCCUCUUUUAAUUCUGAAAUAAGUGCUGACCUUUAUUUUUUAGACAGUAAAAUCUGUGACUUCAGGUGGAUUUGAAUAUUGGCACUCUGUGACUUCUGUACCUCAGCAGGUCUGAAGCUCAGGAACAGGAAGUUUUUUAUGUAAAGCUGCGGAGUUUGCACGAUGCAGCUCAUCAGGCUGACAGUGACGGGGAUGGCCUCCAGGUGGCAGCAGAGGAUCAAUGUUGAACUCUAACGUCAGGGAAAGGCUCUGAAGCUUGUUGGCCACGUAAUGCUGGAACCGCCGGCGUCGUCUGUGGAGGAAACUCGAGGCUGUGGAAAAAAGGGGAAACGGCAGCUUCCACGCUGAAAUCAGGCAAAACGUUCUGGACUAUUAUCUCCAGAACAAGCGUCUCCACGCCAUGUUUCAGCUGCAGGUACAACGCCACAGAGGGAACAUUUCAAAGGUACCGAACAGGAAAUCAGUUCUUUGUGAACAUUUUUACCUCAUAACAUGAAACCCGGGUCACUGGGAGUCUUUAUGUGACUGAAAACAAGGAAAAAAACGCUUUUAGGUAUUCUGGACACAAGAAGUCCGCUCAGUUUAAGCUGGCGUCUUGGGAAAAACCUGAAUCCAUCCCGAGUUUUAACCUGCAUUCUGUCUAAUGUCCAGCAGGGGGCGGCUUGUAUAGAAGUGAACUUGUGGUCUCAGUCGCAGCUUUCAGGUCUUCGUUUAUAAAACAUUGACUCAUCGUAGUUUUGUCCGUGUUUGAGGUUUGCUCCCCUCGCCUUCUCGCAGUUCCCGACGUGAGGCUGGAAGAUUCAGCUGGGGGCGUCUGUGGCAUCAGCUAACAGGGCACUGCUGCAGAGCUGUGAUUGGUCCAUACCAGGAACACAGCCUGUAGUUAAAAGAUGGACGGCGCUCUGGGGACCGAGUCAUGUUUGGAGCACUUUUGAGGAACUGCGGCUCUGAAUUGUUCGGCUCGUUCGCGUCGCUCUCGUCUCGUUGGCCCGUCUCUGAGCACAGCUCCGCCGGUACCUUUGAAAUGGCUCCGAACCCUCUGCUGAUUCCUGAAGAGUCAGCAUCCGUUUGUUUAAAUCCAUCCUUCAGCUUCUUCUCUUCAACAUCAACACGCCUACGGCUGCAGGAAUCAUUUUUCCAUAUGUAGAUGCAGCGGGAUCUUUCAGAUUAGGAUGAAGGAUGAGGAGGAGGUCGGGGUGGAUGGAGGGUGAACAAAGCCCUCGGGUCUUCUGAGCUCUGGUUGAGGUUCAGGAAACAAUUUUGGUUCAGUGUACAUAAAUCGUUUGUGGGUUUUUCCUGAGCCUGGACCGGGAGCUGCGUGCAGGUGACCGCCGGGCGGCAGGAUUUGGGUCAGCGAUGCCGUGGAUCUCCGUGCGGAGAAAUCGCUGCUUCGCCUGCUAACUUUUCUCGUUUCUGCUCCCGCGGUGCCGACUCCUAUUUAUCUCUCACAUAUCCUGUAACACUCCGUGUAUUUCCGCACUGUGCAACGUGAAGCAGCGUAGGAUGACUUUGUGUGAGCGUCGCGGCCGCUUUCAGCUCUUCGUCUGUGUCCUGUAAAUAAAUGUUCGCAUUAACCUCGAGAAGCCAUAUCGUAGUUGGGCUGGACACCUAGCUAGCGCUCGCUGCGUUUUAGAGCACUUUGGUUUAGAUAUUUUAGAGUGACGCAGAGGUUGAGCCUCCUCAGAGAGGCGGCGCCAUUAAUUUAUUCUGCUCGUCUCUCGAAGGACGACAAACUAGUUCCUGUGAAAACUUGCUUUGUUUUUGGGCUUUGCUGCGGCCUGAAUGUUCGCCGCCGGCUCGCCGAUCGGUAUCUGUACAUACGCUGUCACUUCCUGUGAGGUUUGGUAUUAGUGAAACGCAAACAACUUGUUUGUAUCAUCCUGAAGGCUUCGAGGCAAAAAAUAAAGAGAUUUUCAAAAGAAAA